CCGACGUCGUGUCAUAUAGCGCAGACGAACCAGGCUUUCUGAUCCGCCCACAAUUGAAGGCUACAUAGCUCUUGAGCUGUUUAGAGCGGAUUUAUGAAUUGGGCCAGGAAAAGAAACCCGAGGAUCAAUCUGCCACUGCCGGCCACGACGACCCAGAACGACCGCGAGAGGAGGGCACGCGAACAAAUAGACGGACAAACGAGCGGAUACCUUACCCUAUUGGCAAAAUACUAGCUCUGCUCUGUCGAGCCGCAAAUCCUUCCCUUUUCUUUGGAGGAGAGCAGUUCAACUCCAACUUCCUUCCACAACCUGGCCGAAGGACCAAAAACCAAUCCCAUCUAUCUAUCUACCUUACCAAUUCAAGACCAGCACAGACACACCAAACCAGAAAACAAAACAGAGAAAAUGUCCUACUUCCGCAUAACCCUCCACCGCUCGGCAAUCGGCCUGCCCAAGCGCACGCGCGGUGUGCUCGCUGCCCUGGGCCUGCACCGCCGCGCCCAGGUCGUUUUUCACCCGGUCAGCGCCCAGUUCGCGGGCAUGAUAAUGAAGGUCAAGGAGCUGGUGCGCAUCGAGGAAGUUGAGAGGCCCAUGACCAAGCGCGAGCUGCAUGAGUCGCGAAGGCCCGAGCCUGGGUUUUGGGUCGAGACGCCACGUGCUAGUAGUUUCGGGAUGAGGAGGGUAUUGGCGACAGGGCAGCAGCAGCAGCAGCAAGGGGAGGGGCAGCAGGAGGGGGUUAGGUUAUGAGAUGGUCGAGGUAGGGGGGUGGAACAGGGAAUGGUGUGGGAAGGGAGGUAUUGAGGCUAAGGAGUGGUGGAGGGCUGGGGAAGGGGAACUACCCUGUGGGCGGGAUCAGGCAAGCUGAUGAGGAGUAAAUGAUAGAGAUUGUGGUGGAGUUCUGUGUACCAUAUUGUAUGAUACAUACCGGAUCACGACGGCCGUUCUGAUUCAUGGGUCUCCCGCCCUGAUUUCAAUGCACACUCAUGAUGGUCAUUCCGAUAAAGCACGCAC